UCCAGGGUGUUCGUCCCGGACACGUACAAGGAAAGGAAAGGCGACGUGAUAAAUAUGGCCCUCGUUGUCCUCGCCGUCGAUAAUUCCUUUGGCCGUGGACGGACAGAUCGAUACGCCGACGUGACUUGCACGACCAGAUCAAGCUUGCGAGACAGCCGAUAGAUCCAUGGACGACAACAUGCUCGCUGGCCUGCUGGCGGGCGCCGGCCUCCCCGCGCGGCCGCCGGGCGGCGACACGCCGCUCCCCGACUCGUCGGAGCAGAUCUACAUCGCCCCCGUCGCGCUCCUCAAGAUGCUCAAGCACGCGCGCGCCGGGGUGCCGAUGGAGGUGAUGGGGCUGAUGCUGGGGGAGUUCGUGGACGAGUACACGGUGACGGUGGUGGACGUGUUCGCGAUGCCGCAGAGCGGCACGGGCGUGAGCGUGGAGGCCGUGGACCACGCCUUCCAGACCAACAUGAUGGACAUGCUGCGGCAGACGGGGCGGCCGGAGAUGGUGGUGGGCUGGUACCACUCCCACCCGGGCUUCGGCUGCUGGCUCUCGGGCACCGACGUCCAGACGCAGCUGAGCUUCGAGCAGCUCAACCCGCGCGCCGUCGCCGUCGUGCUCGACCCCAUCCAGAGCGUCAGGGGCAAGGUGGUCAUGGACGCCUUCCGCCUCAUCAACCCGGCGGCGAUGCUCACGGGGCACGAGCCGCGCCAGACCACCUCCAACGUCGGCGGCACCGUGCGCCCCUCCCUCGAGGCGCGCGUCCACGGCCUCGGCGUGCACUACUACUCGCUCGCCAUCGGGCACCGGCAGAACGAGGUCGAGGAGCGCAUGCUCGCCUGCCUCAACCGCAAGCGCUGGUCCGACGGUCUUGUCCUGCAGAGGUUCGACGACGACGAGAACGCCGGCGCCGUGAGCGGGAUCCGGGACCUCGCGGUGCAGUACGACGCGCAGGUCAGGGAGGAGGACGUGACGCCGCCGGAGAGGCUGGCCGUGGUGAGGGCGGGCAGGCCGGACGCCAAGAAGCAGCUUGGGGAGAGAGCCGAGGCCGCCAUGUCGGGCAACAUCGUGCAGACGCUGGGCAUGAUGCUCGACACGGUCACCUUCUAGGGAGUAUGUGGCUUGGGUUUCAUCGGUUCAGCACUAUAAUUGAUACUCCUACUUCUGAUUGUGCCAGUUUCAUAGUUGGAUGAUGUUCGUUUGUCUACAGUGAUCGCUUUUUGCAAGGAGCAGAUGCUGCCGAAGAGAUAUUGACGAUCGACUCUGCUCUUUUCAAAAAAAAAACUGACUUGCUCUUCGGUUCUUCUGAAUAACA